AUGUUGCGUAUCAGCCUUCUUCAAUUGCUUUUUGUCACACUGAUCGCUCUGUCUGCGGUCUUCGCAGUAGACGUCAAGGAGACACAUCGUGAGUCUCUCCAAGAAGCCCUCACCGACAUCAAGGCAGUCUCGCUCCAUGAUGCUCUGCAUACUCUUUCCGCCAAAUUCCGUCAUGGUAUAUUCCCGACUGACCUUCAUGCCGCCGAAGCCCUGCAAAGUGAAGAGCCCGCCAUUGCAAGCCUGAUCAAGCUCGCCAAGCGUCAGAGCAAUGCCACUUCCAGCCCUGAGACAACCCCGGCUCCGGUUCCUUCUGUGACUACUUCCAGCACCGAAUCAGCCACUGAGCCGUCUACCACUUCAGCACCUGAGACUAGUGAGACCAGCUCGGCCUCUCCCACUGAGCCCACUACCAACGUGCAGCCAACCACAACCUCGGCCAGCUCUACCAGCUCUACCAGCUCUACCAGCUCUACCAGCUCUACCAGCUCUACCAGCUCUGCUAGCUCCACCAGCUCCACCAGCUCUGCAUCGGUCCCCAGCGAGACCUCCACGGUCACAACCCAGACCACUGCGAAGCCCACCACUUCCACUACUCAGUCGACCACGGCGUCCUCGACUACCGAAACCACUCACUCGACGACCACUGUGCCUUCAACUCUGUCAACUACCAAGAGCACUUCAUCCACCUCGUCGACCACUCACUCAACUACUGCCCAAACCACUGAGCACACCACCGAGCACACCAGCUUGAGCACUUCUACCUUCAAGAGCACUACCACCAUGCCCGACGGCACCCUGAGCACCAUCACCUCCAUCACUGUCAUCACCCCAGAGGCAACUGGCAAAGCCACCGGCACCGUCGCUGGCAAGCCUGGUCUGCAGACCAAUGCCGCCGCAGUGGCUACUGGCAUGGCUCGUGAGGUUGUCGCCAUGUUUGGUGGCGCCGUCGUGGUCGCAAUGGCUCUGUAA